UGAGUUUGCUCACCCUGUGUUCUUGCAGAACAUUUCAGAGCAUCCUCAGGGACAGAGGUGAAUCCUGAGUGUUCUCACCCUGUGUUCCUGCAGAACAUUUCAGGACAGAGGCAGCCCAGGAGCUUGGACUGAGCCAGCAGUUCCCUUCCCAGAUGUUUCCUCAGCAGGAACCUUCCUCAGGAGCCCCUGAGGAACCCAAACAACCCCAAGAACGCCCCGAGAGCGACCCUACAAAAUCUGGAAGCCCCGGAGAUGCAUCCAGGAUAAAAUCAGAUCCCGAGAGCGGCCGUACAGAAUCUGGAAGCCCCGGAGAUGCAUCCAGGACAAAAUCAACCCCCGAGAGAUGCCGUACAGAAUCUGGAAGCCCAGGAGAUGAAUCCAGGACAAAAUCAGAACCCCAGAGAUGCCGUACAGAAUCUGGAAGCCCAGGAGAUGCAUCCAGGAUAAAAUCAGAUCCCGAGAGCGACCCUACAAAAUCUGGAAGCCCAGGAGAUGCAUCCAGGACAAAAUCAACCCCCGAUUGCUGCUCGGGGCCGUUCCCCAGCGCUGCGCUCCCCAUCGCUCCCUCCCGGCUCCGCGACAUCGAGGAGCGGCUCCUCUGCGCCGACCAGGCGGACGCUGAGCUCGAGUCUGGCGAGCCUGGGCCACCAACUGGGCCACCAGCAGGGCCAGCAGGGCCACCAGCAGCAGCUCAGCCCCCAGAACCGGGGGACAGCCGCUGGCUCGGGGCGGGAGCGGCGCUGCGGGCGGCGCUGCGGGAAGGGAGCGCUCGGUGCCGCCAGCGCGACUUCGCUGCGGCCGCCGCCAAAUUCUCCGUGGCACUGGAGCUCUGCAACAAAGGCUUUGCCACCGAGGAUCCCUUGAAAUCCUCCCCAGCCGAGAUUUCCAGGCUGGCCAGCUGGAUCGAGUCAAAGCUCGUGAUCUGCUACCUCAGACUGGGGCAGCCCGGGCUGGCCCUGCUGCACUCGCACAGGAGCAUCAUCGAGAACCCCUCUCACUUCUGCAACCACCUGCGCCAGGCCGCCUGCUUCCGCUGCCUGCACAGGUACUCGGAGGCCGCCAGGAGUGCCAUGGUGGCUCAGUGCCUGUACGUGCUGGCCGAGGGAGCGGGGCUGGACACCAGCGACCUGCUGCAGCUCUACUGGCAGGCCAUGACUCAAGAAGCCCUGAGUGCAGAAAUGUCUUUUUGUGCUCUCUACACACCUUUUGAGAAAGAGGACAAGGCUGACAAGAUAAAGGAGGCCAACAAAACCUUUGCAGAGAGGCACCCAGAGUACGUGCAGCACAUCUUCACAGAUCCUCAUGGAAUUCACGUGCUGCCAGAGAAGGCUGAGUCUCAUCCUGGCCAGCAGUACUUGCUGACCCUGGGCUUCAGAAACAGAGAGAUUGGGAAAACCCUGGAAAAGUUGGUGACUCAAAAGAUGCCAAUCUUUCCAGGCCAGAAAAUAACUUGGAGCUCCAGCGUGGAGGAAGAAGCAGAAACAUUUUGGCAGAACAAUGGGAAAAUGAUCAUGGCAGCCUUGGCUUUUAUAGGGAGCACCAAAAUCAAGGACGAGCGGGGGCCGUGCGCCCGCGCCAUGGAGCACCUGCACCACGCCAGCCUGCUGGGCCAGCUGCACAGAGGGGAAGAGCAAGCCCAGGUGCUGAGGCAGGGCAUGGCUGAGCUGGCCACCGUGCCCCACCUGCAGAGAGUCUCUCAGGAGGAGGACAAGCUGCUGCAGUCUCUGAUGGCAGACGCCGUGGACAUCCUGGCAGGGAGAACUGGAGAGCGAGCCUGGGCUAAAAUCCACAAGGUGGCGCUGAUUGAGGAGUACCUGAGGGAAGCAGAGGAGUUUUACUUCAGGCCCCCGCGCGCUCCGGCGCCCGGGGCGGAAAACAUCAGCUGGACGCCGAAGGGGCGGCGCUACCUGAGGCUGGAGAACAGCAACGUGUUCAUCCCCAACCCGCGGAGCCUCGCCACCGGGCUCAAGAAACGGCGCAUCCUCUUCGCCAAAAGCUGAUUUCUUUAUUUGACAGGCGUUAGUCUGGGUUUAUUUUUAUUGAUUUGAAGUUGUUUGAAUUUGAAUUGUAGAAAAUUGUAUUUAACUGUAUCAAUUUAACUUGUGUUAGUUUAGUUUGAGUGGUGUUAAGUGCA